ACCGUUUAUGGAGGUUGUUUUAGUCCGUUUAUGAUUUUGUGGAUAUACAGGAUUUUUUCUUAAUUCAGUUAGGCAGAUAUAGUUAGCAAUUUUGUAGGAAGUGUAACUAGUGGAUUAAGAGCCGUCAGAGAAACUUGUGACACUCCAGUGAGUUUAUCUGCCACGAUGAACGGUCUUUCGCUAAGCGAGCUGUGUUGUCUGUUUUGUUGUCCACCGUGUCCUGGCAAAAUUGCUGCUAAGCUCGCUUUUCUUCCGCCGGAACCUACGUACUCAUUGAUCGCUGAUGAAACGGGGUCUAAAUAUACACUUCAUCUCAACGAGCGAGCAGAAUGGCAGUACACGCAAAAAGAACUGGAGAAAAUCGAAGUUUUCAUGACGAGAACUGACAAAGGAAAGCGGAUAGCCUGCAUGUUUGUACGCUGCUCACCAAACGCCCGGUUCACGUUACUGUUCAGCCACGGAAAUGCCGUAGAUCUUGGUCAGAUGAGCAGUUUCUAUAUUGGCCUGGGGUCCCGAAUAAACUGCAAUGUGUUUAGCUACGACUACUCUGGUUAUGGCUACAGCACUGGUAAGCCAUCAGAGAAGAACCUGUACUCGGACAUUGAUGCGGCGUGGCAGACGCUGCGGACGAGGUACGGCAUCAGCCCUGAAAACAUCAUACUCUACGGACAGAGUAUAGGUACUGUCCCGACGAUAGAUCUCGCAUCGAGGUAUGAAGUAGGAGCCGUCAUUCUGCACUCCCCACUAAUGUCUGGUAUGAGAGUGGCAUUUCCUGACACUAAGCGGACUUGGUUCUUCGAUGCCUUUCCAAGCAUUGACAAAGUGCCUCGCGUCACCUCACCUGUGCUCGUCAUCCAUGGCACCGAUGAUGAGGUCAUCGACUUCUCGCACGGCCUCGCCAUCUACGACCGCUGCCCGCGCGCCGUUGACCCGCUCUGGGUAGAGGGCGCCGGUCACAACGACGUAGAACUAUACGGACAGUACCUGGAGCGAUUGAAACGCUUCGUCUCGGUCGAACUAGUCAAUUGACAACUAGCCGCUGUCGCGGCCGCGCAGGAAGCAGCUGGUUCAAUCACUACCAGGCUUUAGUGGCUGCGGCUCUCACUCGCUCGCAUGACGAGAAUUCACAGAUACGGAGAAUGAGCUGCCGUUGUUGCUGUCGGCCGACUGUCGAGCGUCGUGGCGUGAGUGUCGACCGCACUCUCGCGCGUCGGUCUAGUCCAGGUAGUCCCAGCAUUUACCAGGACGGUACUCGUCUGUUUCACCAAAAAUGUUUUUCUGCGAUUUACUGGAUCGGCCGAAAAGUUAGUAUCAGUCAUUCUGACAGGUUGAAUUUGAACCUUACCAGGACAUUUUUGAGUGUUUUGUCUAAUUCUUACAUGUGGUAUUCACUUUCCCUUCAAAUUACUUGAAUUUCCUUCCUAGUAGGGAAGCCAUGUUAUGAGUCAGCUAAGGUCUGACUUAUUGGCAGUUGAUAGUAACUUACGUCAAACCAGUCCUGACAUGUCUCAUGCCUCUGCGGUAGCGCCACCUAGUGAGAGUACUGGGAGGUAGACGUGUGUAUGUUAUGAGCAGUUCGACGGUGGACCGGUGAGACAUUGCUGCGGCGAUUAGCUCCCUCUUGUUUCUGUUUCUCUGAAUUCUAGUCACUUGCAGUAAGAAAUAAUUAAUUCGCGAUGUCAAGCCGGCCUUAAUUAAUGCUGUUGCAACAAGAUGUGUGGCACAACACUUGUUUUCAUGACUGUUAGAUUUUGUUAGUUACGAACUCAUGUUUUAUACUUGUAUCCUAGCAUUCCAAAUUUAUUUGUAGACACAUCUUUGCAGUUUUAGAAUGAUACAGGACAGCUGGUAGUUGAUGUGACAUUGGCUGUGCUAACUUCAAACUGCAAGCUUGGUAUCCAGCCGUUAUCAUCCCUGCAUCCAUGCUGGCACAUGUGUCCUGAAUGCCUGGCGUACAUUGGAGAUCUCAUAUAUAGUGAAAAUGAACGUGUCUUUGAAUGUUAACAGCUGAUCCGAGCCAUAUCAAAGUUUGUACAUAACUGCAGGACGAUAUCAAAAACUUUUGUAACAUCAGUAACAAUCAGUACACUAGGACAUCGGUAACUUUUUUCCCGACAUGAAUGACGUUGUUAUUUAGUUGCAAAUUGUCUGCCGGUGGACAGUGGCAUCCUGAGCCUUUGUUUUUCUCAUUUGUGUUUUCCCGUGAAGCUAUGAUGUGUCUAAUUCUCAUGUGGUGAUUGAACUGAUCCGAGUAAUGCGAUAGUGUGAGUUGUACAUGUACGUGGCUGUGGCAUUAUAACACUAGGUGUACUACUACGUAACGCAUGUGACAGUAGUAGCCCCACGUCACCGUGGUUCUGUCUCUCCAGCAGCAUGGCGGUGUCACCCUGUCUCUCACGAGCAGCUACUGUGACACACGGCGUGCAUGUGCAUUGGACGCCGCUUCCGUUUGCGUCUCUGGCAGCGAGUUAAACUCUUUAAGCUGAGUUUGUUAUGGGUGGAGUAAGUUCGUGACUAAACGUGCUAUAAUUCAUGUGUAUGUAUUUUUUGUAAUUAUAAGGUCACACCGACUAUGACGACGGUGAUUUAUCAAUUCUCCUCAAAUAUGCACUGUUCGCAUCACACAGAGCGCUGAGUACGCGCGCUCAUAGCGGUAGAGUGGGAGGGAGGGAAGGGGGUGGUG